GUACUCGUAGUUCAGGAAGAGAAUUUAGUUGUGAUCGAAAAGCGACAGAAGCAAGUUGGUAUAUUUGGUUUGAAAGCUCCAAUCGUUACAAAAUGCCCCUCAAAGCAGUUUGCGUGCUUAAUGGUGAAGUUAAGGGGACGAUUUUCUUCGAGCAGAAUGCGGAAUCGGAGCCAGUGAAGGUUACCGGUACGGUAACCGGUCUCAAACCUGGCAAUCAUGGUUUUCAUAUUCACGAGUUCGGCGACAAUACGAAUGGCUGCAUGUCCACAGGCGCCCAUUUCAAUCCUCACGGUAAAACGCAUGGUGCUCCGGAAGCCGAGGAGCGCCACGCCGGUGACAUGGGUAACAUAGUGGCUGAUGCGGACGGUGAGGCGAAGGUAGAUCUUGCGGUCAGCCAGAUCACGUUGAGUGGAGCGAUGAACGUCGUUGGCCGCUCACUGGUUGUUCACGCCGAUCCGGAUGAUUUAGGCCUAGGAGGACACGAGCUCAGCAAAACGACCGGCAAUGCCGGUGCUCGAUUGGCUUGCGGUGUCAUUGGAAUGUGCAAAGCAUAAACCAGUUCUUUAUUCAUUCCUUAUCGAACAAUAACCAAGUGAAUUAUUCAUUCGUUCGCGCCAUUGAAUGCAUUAUAUUUGUUUUACUCUUCAGCUCUAUAUGUACUAACUAUUUCGGUUAUCUGGGUUUUUCUGUUUAAACUCUCAAACCUCUGUAUGACACUGCGUUCAGAGAGCCGAGCUGUGGUCAUCUAUGAUAAAUCCUAUUUUGAGCGAAUAAAAAUGAAUUAA